AUGCCCACGGCCACCACUUUCCUCGAGAGCCCCCUGCUCAAGGUGAGUCGGCCAGUCGCCGCAUGCUCACGGUGCCGCACUGCCAAAAUCAAAUGUGACGGGAAGCUCCCCGCCUGUUCCGCGUGUGAAAAGGUCGGCAAAGCGAGCUCCUGCUCGGGGGCCAGUGACGAAUUCGCCAAGGGCAAAGAACGAAGUUAUGUCGCCUCCCUAGAAGGAUAUUGUGAGAAACUCGAAAAGAAAUUGAAUCAACUACGUGAUCGUCAAAGUUCCCUAUCCCUCGAGGGGGAUGGGGUCGCCCGUGAAGUCUCCAUUACCGCGACUUCGUCUGCUGGUCCGCCCGGUCCGGCUCACCGACGAGAAGUCUCCGAUAUUGAUGAUUUAGUCGGAGACUUUGGUUUCUUAUCGGUAAACGCUACCUCAAGAGACUUUCAUGGAAUCACUUCCAAGACUAGUUUCGCCAAUUUGCUCUUAUCAGUCGCGACUGUCGGCUAUCCGCCCUCGCCUGUCCCCAACUCACUCCCCGCACGACAUGAGGCCACUCCUUUACUCCAACACUAUUUCGAUAAUAUUUUUGUGCAAUUGCCGUUUUUUGUCGAGACUGGUUUUUGGACCGCCGUCGAUGCGGUUUAUCAAUCUCAGGGUCGUUUCGCUAAACCUUUCGAUCACUGGAUGCUUCGGAUGGUCCUUGCGAUUUCCUCCGCCUCAAUUUCAUAUCAGAACAAUGAUAAAAGCCACCAACGGGCUUUGGCCCUAGUGGCUGAUGCACUUACGUAUGCCGAUGAGGUGCUUCGCCCGGGAUCGAUCACGGGUAUUCAGGCAAUCUUACUGCUGGCGCAAUAUGCUCUGGUGGAUCCAGGUCGCUUUCGUAGUUGGUACCUGGUAGGCAUGGCCAUCAGAGUAGCCGUGGAUCUCGGACUUCAUCAAGACCCUCCAUCAGAGGUUAUGUCAACCUCGAGUCGACUAGAAAUUCGCCGUCGUGUGUUUCAUUGUCUCUACAGCUUGGACAGAGGAAUGAGCGCUGCUUUACAAAGAACAUUUUCAUUUUCUGACGAGUCCGUCAAUGUCGCCAUGCCCUCAGGAAGCAGUUCAAAUGGGUCCUCAACCGGCGAACAAAGUCAUAUCUUCCUCCGCAGCCCAACACCAGCUCUCCACAUCGUCAAAAUCCGACAAAUACUAUCAUUCGCAUACUCAGACAUGUACUACAGCACACGAGGACCAUCCCCACAACCCCUCGUCCAAAUCUGGACCCUCUGCUACCGAGCCCGCCAAUGGUUCCACGAAUGUCCCAAAAACGCACCCAAUCACUUCUCUCUCCUCUACAGACUCGAACUCCUCUACACAAUGAUAGUCGUUCUCUCCCCCUCUCACCGCUACCCAACCCUCUGCAACUACAACAAAGCCCUCCUCUUCGACAGAUCAAUGGACUACAUCAGCCAAAUCCACCAAGUUCUCGAGAACCCCACCGCCCUCCCCUUUCUCUCAUUCCUCGACGUCCAACGAGUCCACCAAGUAGCUCGUCGCUUGAUGGAGGUCCUUUCUCAAAAUUUCGACUUCCUUCUCGGUCCAAAUGUUCCAAAUCCACCAUCUGUACCACCUGGUACCCCUGAUCCCCCAAUACUAGCUGAAGAAGACCGAUUCAACUGUCGGCCUCGUGCGAUUCGUUGUCUCUCGUAUGUGCGUGAUUUGCUAAGCUAUUGUGCGAGGAAGUGGGAUCUCAAGACCCCGCUUGAUGAGUUUGAGCGUGAGGCGGAGGAGUUAGAGAAGUUGCUUAGGGAUGGCUCGCCGAUGGAGUAUAUGGCGAAUCCGAAUCAGGAUGCUUAUUUUAAUCCUUCUUCUGGGGUACCGCUGGCCGGUACUGAAUAUCAAUCCUACCAUUUAGGAUAA